GAGCAGAUGCAAAGAAAAUCACAGAGAGAGACAAAACCUUUACAAAGCGAACAAAGCUUUCAAAACUUAUCGAACAUCAUGUCCUCAUCACGUUUACCCUUCGAGGGAGAAACCGAUGAGUUGAAAGAUGUCCAUGGACUGGAAGUUAGCGGUUGUAGUGAUCGGUUCCCCGAAUUGAUUCACGUUCAAUCGUGGGAUCCAUCGCACACGGCUGACGGAAAGUUCAUGAAGGUGUCUCGACUGAGGCACGCUGUGGACGAAAGUUCAACAGCUGGUUGGCCCCUCACCAACACCGAGGCUGGCACCAGUGAGUGUAAAGAUGCCCAUGGACUGGACGUCUGCGGGAGCAGUGACCGAUUCCCCCAAUUGAUUCACGUUCAAUCGAGGGAUUCGUCGCUCUCCGCUGAUGGAAAGCUCAUGGAGGUGUCCCCGACACACACUGUGGACGAAAGUCCAAAAGCAGGUCCGUCCCUCAACUACACCGAGGGACUGGAAGCUAGUGUUCGAGGUGGCCGUGUCCCUGAUCUGAAUAACAUCCAGUCACGGGAUGCAUGGCCCUCCACUAGCAGAAAGCGGGAAGACAGCCCAAAUGUACAACGUGGUGAAGGGAGGAAUGGCGCAGGGAUCUGCGGGUUCAUCAAAGGAACUUGGAUGGCUGCAAAGCGCCAUUUCCUCAGCCGCCACAAAGUGGAGCCUUUCGCUCCACCACUACAACCGGACACAAGUUUAUUUAAUCCAAGGCUGUCUGUCCCGUGUGCAUCCGAUGCACGUCCGGUUAUUAAUGACAGUGCAGCUAGGGUUUGGUCAAUGCCAGGCCAAACUUCUGACGCAGAUCUCAUUUCUGGAGCGGACGUCAGGUCCCAUUCGGACAAGUCCCAUUCGGACAGCACGUACCUUUCGUACAGCCUGUCCAUCUCCGACUAUGGCUGCGGAGUUAUUGGUGAGCCAGCACCAAUGCUGUUAACCCUAAGCAGCGAUUCUUUCCCUGAUCGGUCAGAACCAUCUUGUAUGGCAACUGACAGCAGCUCCAAUGAAAGCUGUAACAAAAAAUUCACUGUUGAUCAAGGCAUAAAAGAGCAAGCACUAUUUUUUCCCGUCGAUGAGUGCGGAGCUGAUCAGAGGAAAGAUGUUGACAGACCGAAGCUGUUUAGCCUUAGCAGCGAUUCUUUCUUGUAUCAGUCGAAAGAAUCUCGUCUGUCAACUGAAAGCAGCUCUAGUGAGAGCUUGUACGAAACAAACACUGUUGAAAACAGUACAAAGGAAGAACCCACAAGACUGGACAGUGAUCAUGGCAUGAAAGAAGAAAUUGCCACAACGAAAAAGCAGACAGGAAUCUGUGGGUAUUUUAAGAGAAAGUUGGAUAAAGCAAUGCAAACCUUAAACUGCUGUUUUAAGGGUAAAGUGGAACCGAUGGAGGCAUACACAACUCCUUCUAAUGAAGCUCUUUUUGAGCCUACAGAGGGAGUUGUGGAGUCUUACUAUAAGUUUGGCAAAUUGCUGGGAGAAGGAGGAUUUGGAUUGGUCCGUACUGGUACCCGCAUUUCUGAUGGCAAAGAGGUUGCCAUUAAAAUCAUUUCCAGGCGGCUGAGUAGAGAGACCAUUGUUAUUCCGGGCUAUUCCAAACCUCUGCCUGUAGAAGUGGCUCUAUUGAUUAAGAUGAAUCAAGCUCCCAUAAGUCAAUAUGCCAUAAAAAUGUUGGAAUGGUUUAUAGACUCACAGGACAUCGUGAUCAUUAUGGAGUACCCUCAACCCUGCCAAAGCUUGAGCCACAUCAUGAAACGCAAUCGUACACUGAGUGAAGAAACCGCUCGUGUAAUAAUGCGUCAAACAGUACAGGCAGUAAUAAACUGCUAUGAUCACGAUGUCUUUCACAGCGACAUCCAUCCAGGCAACUUCCUAGUCAACACAGAGACGUUAGACACCAAGCUGAUUGACUUCGGCUGUGGUCAGCUGUAUACUGAUGGCGUCUACAAAAGUCAUAAGUACAUAGGGCUAAAAGAUUUCAUUCCACCGGAAGUCAGAAAGAACCGGAAGUUUCACGCCAUCCCAGCAAACGUCUGGGGUCUAGGAAUGGUCCUGUAUGAAAUGGUUAAUGGAUACAAGUCGUAUGUGAAAUCCAAAGAAGUCCAGUUUGCGAAUACCAGCUUAUCUGAAGGUUGGACACAAAAGUGCUGGACACCAAACUGGACUGAGCAGACCAGACUACACCAGACCUUAAAAAAUAUUAUAUUAUUAUUAUUAUAUAAUUUUUUAUUAUUGUUAUUGCAUAAUUUUUAUUAUUUGUUGUUAAUAUUAUUAUUGUAUUAUAUUUAUUAUUAUUUUUUAUUGUAUCAUAUUUAUAUGUAAUCAUUGAAAAUAGUUUAAAAUGAUGAUGUGCACUUGUUACAUUCUAUUUUAUGUCACUUAAAUAAAAUAUGUUAUAACCUUUGGCUUUGUAUUUGGCCUUAUCCAUCCAAAAAUCACACUAUAGCUUCCAUAAA